AUGAAAAACAAAAUUUUAAUUUGUUUUUUGUUAUUGACAACGAUUUUUGUUUUAAUUCAUGGAAUCGGGAAUACUAAAAUUGAGACUAACAAUUCUGAAGUUAAAUUAGAAAGUCCAAAACAAAAACCGUUAAUUCCAAAAAAUUCAACUCACAAAAAUGUCAAGAAUUCCCAAACAAAAGCCUCAGCAAAAGUAAAGCCAGAAGAAGAAAGAAGCCAAACAGAAAUAGAAAAAAAAGAAAUCAAACAGAAAUCUGAUUCGAAAAGUAAAGCAGGCGUGAAUAUGUCGGACUUAAAACGGGUAUUGUCUGCUGGAGUACUCUCUUAUAAAGCAAAAGGAAGAAAUUCUGAGAAUUUCUGGAAUGAAUUGAAUGUAGAUAAAAGUAAAUAA